AUGGACUACGCACCUCAAGGCUUUGCACCUACAAAUUUCCAGUAUUGGCGCAGGUCGGAACAAAAUACCCAAAUUGCACUUAUUCACUGUGAGAGGGAGGAUGCAGAAGGACCUCUGCCUAUGCAGGAAUCAUCAAUGUCAGCUAUACUACUGGUGUUACUCCUCUUUGUUCUUCAUCUUCAAUCAGGGGUUCACUCGCUAGCCCCUCCUCAUGCUCACGAUUUUGGUUACUUGAAAUUUGUGUACAAUGCUACUGAUCUUCCGUUAGGAGCAAAAUACGACUACAUCGUAGUUGGAGGGGGCACAUCAGGGUGUCCAUUGGCAGCAACUUUAUCUGCAAAAUACUCAGUGCUCGUUCUAGAAAGGGGCAACCUUCCUACAGCAUAUCCGAACGUAUUGAAUCAAGAUGGGUUUCUAUACAAUCUCCACCAAGAAGAUGAUGGAAAUACACCGGUUCAAAGGAUCAUGUCUGAAGAUGGCAUUCCUACCGUAAGAGGCAGGAUCCUCGGGGGCACGAGCAUGAUCAACGCCGGUGUCCAUGCUCGAGCUAACAUAUCAUUCUAUAAUGAGUCAGGAAUUGAAUGGGACAUGGAUUUGGUUAAUAAGACAUAUAAGUGGGUUGAAAACACUAUUGUGGGUAGGCCAAAUAAUUCGGUCGGUGGUUGGCAAUCUGUUGCGCAAAAAGCAUUUUUGGAGGCUGGUGAUGAACUGCUUAAUAAAGGAGACCCAAACAACUUGCGAGUUGCAGUUCAUGCCACAGUAGAGAAGAUCAUCUUCUCAACGUUGUCUAAGAAAUCAACAAAUUUGUCAGCUACAGGAGUUAUAUAUAGGGAUUCUAAUGGAAGGUCUCAUCGGGCACUUGUACACGAUAAAGGAGAAAUUAUAUUAAGUUCUGGGACAAUUGCGUCUCCUCAACUUCUUUUACUUAGUGGUAUUGGCCCAAAGUCUUACCUAUCAUCUCUAAAAAUCCCAGUUGUUCUUGAUCUUCCCGAUGUUGGGCAGUUUAUGUAUGACAACCCUCGCAAUUUCAUUAACAUUUUGACCCCAAAUGAUGUUAGGAAUGUCGGCACUUCAUUGGCAGCUGCUUCAGGGAUGUCAUCGUGA